CCGUCACCCUCUUCUCGAGUCCGCUUCGUGACAGCCCUUAGGAAAGGAAACAGUUCAAAUUAAAUAGAGUUGUUCUACUUAUGCGGGCUUACUUUAAUGAUCGGUCACUCAUUUUUUCUGAGAUGAAAUCUAUGUGUGCAGCUCAGAGUCAGAUUCCCCUGAACCUCCUUCAGCCGUCCAAAUGGCUUCUGCUAUAUGAGGAUUUUGUCGCGAAAAACUCAAGCUCUGUUGGCCAAGUCGAGUCGGCACUGCGAUCGCUUACAUAUAUUAUCCCUGGACGAUAUCGGGACUCUGAGGUGCCUUCAGAAUGUGUGCAUUCUGGCGUCCAACUUCUUUCGUUAUAUCAUGAUUCCCUCGUGUCCCGGGUUAUUGCGCGACUCCCGUCAACAGUUCCUCGGCCCACCCCGACACCACACUCGCGAUACACAAAGUACUGGGCAUCUCAGUCCUCUCUAUACAGACAGGUGGCUUUGGCCCUGCAGGUGAUAAGGUAUACCGAGCUGUUAUGGGAGAUGAUCGCGCGACGUCGUGGCGAAAAGGUUCGAUGGCGCAUCAUCGUCCUGAUUGAGGCUGUCAAAGCUAUCUGUCGCCUCAUUCUGCUUCGCCUGACAAAAUAUCGACCACUGGUUAGCCCGCCAUUACCGGAGCGGGAAGUUGAUCCCCGAUCGGUUGAAGAAGAGAGCGGUGAUUGGAACGGAAUGGGUUCUUGCGAGACUGAGCGAUCGUCUGAUUCGACCUGGACGAUGCCUCGUACGGGACUGCCGCUUCCCUCCCUACCGGAUGUUAAGGAUGUAUCAGAUUAUCUUAUUUCCAAGGUUCUUAGCGCUGAUGAUAUCAAAUCUCCCAAGGCAUUAUUGCACCGUGUUACAGGGCAGGGUCAACUAGCCGAGGUUCUUUAUACGCUGAGACCUCUGAUUUAUGCUCUGGCUAUGCAGCGAUGGAGCAGAAACAAACAUGACUGGCGUCCUUGGAUGUUGGGAUUCGGAAUGGAGUACGGAUGCAGACAGUUGGCCAAGAGAGAGUUCAGAGAAAGAGUCGCAGGCGGCCUGCGCGGCCUGACGGGUUUGGAGCGCGAGGAAUUAAGAAAACGAGGGUGGGCGAUGGGGUGGUGGCUUCUGCGUGGCGCAUUCUAUGAGAACAUCUCCAAGUCUUGGUUGAAGGGUCUGACUGGGACGAUGAAGGGGAAACCUCUUCUCGACCUGGUUGGUAGUGUGGUCGAAGACUACGAAUAUCUCUGGGACCAGUACUAUUUCUCGACUGCAACUCUAUGA